UUUCUGAAUUCAGUGGCAGAUGUUUCUCCUGAUGGCAAGUAUCUGACUGCAAUUAAGGAUCCUGACAGGAGAUUCGGGAGCAUUCAUGGCGCCUUUGACAACAGGGCGUGUAACCAUACCAUCCAUUGUAACUUACUCAGCAAAAGUGGGCAUAGCAAUUGCCAUAAGAUACUCAUUGACAAGGAGAACAUUUUCAGUCACACCAAAUGGACCUGAAGUUUUAUUGCUUGAUUACCCCAGCCAUCAAAGACGACUACUCCCUCUUCUUGCAAAGACAUAUGCCAUGAGCUUUGCUGCUAACUUCUUGAAAAGGAUGUAUGUGAAGAGGAAACCUGAAAUCAUCAAAACCUUACAUGUUGUUUCAAGUGCCUUUAAGGCUACCUUAAGCUGGCAUAAUAUGCGAACACUUCAGGUAGUAGCAGACAUCACAGUUGUGAUCAAAAUGUCUUGUGGAGUCCAUUUUUAACUUUUAUUUUAGAUUAAAUAUUAUCUUG